GGGCUCGCAGGGGAGGGGAAAGGCUGGUUUUGCCUUGCAUGAUCUUGGGGAGCUCUUUCCCCCGUUUUUGUCCCACCCGGAGAAGCUGGGAAGUCAGGGUUUAGACCUGCUUUGUCGGAGAACGUAGGGACCAUUUUCACUGCCUUUUGGGGGAUGACAGUGGAUUCCCUUCCCACUGGGGUUAAAGAUAACUAGUUAUGAGUGAGGGAUUGGCCCAAAGGGCGAGGCGUGAGCGAGCAAGAGGGUUACUCUAUUUGGAUAAGCGAGUCUGACAGGAAGCUUUUCUCCAAAUUACACUGAGGUGACAAGUUAGUAUUGUACAGAAGCAGGAAUCCCUCUACACACAUCUAGUUUGCAUUUCCCUGGAAGCUGCCUAAUAUAUUGUUGCCUUGCACAGAUUGAGUCUCCCUGAAUACUUUGUGGCCUGAGGAUCCGGUUCAACUCAAGUGCCAUAGGACGUGUUCGAUUUUGCACUUCACUGGGACCUUCCCUGAUUUUUUCAGUUGCAAAGCUGCUUGACAGUUUUGUUUGCAGCGCAUGCCUAGGCUCCUUGCACUCUGAAUUCGCACUACUCAGGCCUGGGUUCUCAUCUGAGCUUUGCCACUGAACCCUGGUGAAAACUCAGGCCUGUGCUCAAAGUUGAAAUUGCACAAAGCACAGCUCAAAUUUGCAUCAGACAGAAAGUGAACUCAGGCCAGCGUGCAUGGCUCAGGUGUGGGAAAGGUGAUGGACUCCUGAAGUGGAAGAGGUGGUGCAGAGGGGGCACCACCCAUGCUGCCCUGCUUCCAGCUGCUGCGCAUAGGGGGAGGCAGGGGUGGUGAUCUCUACACCUUCCAUCCCCCUAGCGGGGCUGGCUGCACCUACCGCUUGGGCCGUAGGGCCGACCUAUGUGAUGUGGCUCUGCAGCCCCAGCGGGAGCCUGGCUUCAUCUCUGGAGUCCAUGCGGAGCUGCACGCUGAGCGCCGGGGUGAUGACUGGAGGGUCAGCCUGGAGGACCAUAGCAGCCAAGGGACUCUGGUCAAUAAUGUCCGACUCCCAAGGGGUCACAGGCUGGAGUUGAGUGAUGGGGACCUUGUGACUUUUGGCCCUGAAGGGCCCCCAGGAACCAGCCCUUCGGAGUUCUACUUCAUGUUUCAGCAAGUCCGAGUCAAACCUCAAGAUUUUGCGGCCAUUACCAUCCCGAGGUCUAGUGGUGAAGAGGGAACCAGGGCUGGCUUCCGGCCUAUGCUCCCCCCCCAGGGGGCCCCACAGCGCCCCCUCAGCACCCUUUCCCCUGCCCCGAAAGCCACAUUGAUCCUCAAUUCCAUCGGUAGUCUCAGCAAGCUCAGACCUCUGCCCCUCACCUUCUCCAGGAGUGGGGGUGAGCCACAGGGCCUGCCUGUUCCCACUCCUCCUAGGGAGGUGGGGACCACCCCUUCUGCCCCACCCCCAAGAAAUCGGAGGAAAUCGGCUCACCGAGUGUUGGCAGAGCUGGAUGAUGAGGGCGAGACUCCUGAGGGCCCCCCACCAGUCUUUAUGGAGCCCAGGAAGAAACUCCGUGUAGAGACAACCCCACGGACACCUGGUGGAAAUCGACGUGGACGUCCUCGGAAGCACCCAGUGAGCACUCCCAGGGCUCCCCCUGCAGUUGGGAGUGGGGAGCCCUGUGCAGCCCCUUGUUGCUACCUACCCGAAGAAGAAACAGUUGCCUGGGUUCAGUGUGAUGGUUGUGACGUCUGGUUCCAUGUGGCCUGUGUUGGCUAUAGUAUCCAGGAUGCCAGGGAGGCUGACUUCCAGUGCCCAGGGUGUCGUGUAGGCAUCCAGACCUAAGGCCCACCACCAGGGCACCAGAAGACAGAGCUGGCAUCUCCAGGCCACAGGUGGACACGGUGGGGCACCAAUGGACCUCCUAAGAAAUGCCCCCUUCUUCCCUUGCCUCCCCGGGGUGGGGAAUGACUAUAGGGGAAGUGUCCACUGCUAUGGAUAUUGACUCAAGGCCUGAAGCAGGCCCUCAUGGCCAAGGUGACAGAAGAGAUGGUUUCCUGCCAAAGAUACUGCUGCCUCCGGGAAGUUGCCAGCAAGCUGGAAAUUCCGUUACAAGCUGUAGUUCCUUGUCAUAGGCACUAGAAUGUCUGUGGUCAGAGCACCCAUCAACUGCAGAGGCCGUGCCUGGGCGGAUAGAAGCCUCAGUCUAGGAACAAACAAGUGCUUAAUGAUCUUGGAUGGCAUCACUAAGGCAUUCUGGGAAAACCUAAGGCACGGCCUCAAAACUUUUACAUUGUGGCUAAACCACUGCCACUGGCCGUGAUCAUGACCUGGCUUUUUAGAGCUUUGCUUCUAUUUCCAAAUAAAGAACAAGCAGCUUCA